UUUAUCAAUGCUAAAGAUAUUUGUGCACAGCUGUUAGUCAAACCAUUGUGGCUCUACGAAUUUUAUUUUUCUGGAUGCAUGCUACAAACGGCGUCAAUUCCACGCAACAGAACUAGAUAUCAAAUCUCAUCCCCGUAGCAAGAACUGACUAUCCAGAUACGUGGUAAAAAUACGUCUAGUGUGCCAGAUAUGGUCGGCAUGGCGUUCAAGUUAAUGGUCGUUAAGCCAAGAAGAAGAAGAGAUUUAAGGUUGAGUAAAAGCAUCAUUCAAUUUUUUCGCUUUAGAAUGCUUGCAGCCUUUUCCAUUUAGUUGAAGUAUUUAUCUUUGCUUGCAUCUGAUUGCAAUCUUACAAAAAGGGUAUUUAUGUUUUGUGCCGGUAUUUACGAAUAAGGUCCUAUUGCGAACUCACGUCCUAACCUUACCUACCGUUCGUUGCAAUUUUUCUGUGCAACUAUUCAAUUUCCGUGCCAACUUUUAUUAAUAAAAGCAAAAAACUGAGUCCAUCUAUAUUAUAGCACUAUGAAGAAAAAAUGCACUGUUUGCAUCGAAUGCUUCUUGUAAAACGUUGCGUUCAUCAAAUAUUCCGAUUGAACCCAAGCCUUGAGAUGACAUUUUUAUUUGUUAUUUAUCUCUCCUUCUUCUUCGAACCAUGGUUGUGUCUCGAUUUACAACUACGACUUGGGCUUGUACAUCAACCAGCACCAGUACACGGUUAGCCGAUGAAAUGCAUUUAAAUGCGUCUCAAGUGCAGAUGGACAUCAAAUAGAUGAUUUCAACUCUCAGAUAUCCGACCUUCCGUGCUUUCACCCAUUUUGCAGUUAGGUUUGGUAAUCUUUUUUAAGAUUGUGGAGCUUUACCGGGAAGGGUAAAAGAAAAACAAAUUAUUCAUUCUCCAUCGCGGUGUGGUAUUUUUUUCUGAGGUAGAACAAGUGUAUUUGAAAUUUGUUUGCUAGAAUUAUAGGCUCAUCUUUGAUGUUGUUUGUUGAAUGUGUUUCGCUUUCAUAAGUAAAAAUGUGAAAUUUACAGUAGAUUGAUAACGUAUAACGUAGAAACAAUAAAUGAUAAUUCCAGGGGAUUGAGUGUUUUCAUUAAUUCCUUGUACACAACUUUGAUAUAAAAUUAAAUGUUUUCAUAUCAUAAAAUAUUCAAAAGCUGUAUAAAAAUAAAGCGUAACAAAAAAUCCAUUGAAAUAAAUCAAAUGUUGUCCACGUUGAAACUUAGCAAGAGGUUGAGAACAUUCGUCCGUCAAUAGUUUAGCCCUGCCAAUUACCUCUUUCUUUUGGAACAAUCUGUAAAAACUGUACGAGUUAAGUCAUUCGACAAGUUCUAUUUACUCCUGGUCUAAUCGUAAUGUAAAAAUCAUACAUUACGAUACGAUCAUUAAUCAAUAAUCUGAUACAUGGGGACAUUGCCAUUCCAGAUUAUUUUUUACAACACAUGCGAAACAAACUCCUAGCCCAGGAAGAUCCUUUUUGGUUUGAACUGUGUUAGGUGUACGUAAACUCCUGAACGUAAACUCCGUUCAUUAGCUGGAUCGAAACAUUCCAACAAUUGUUCAGUAGGUAAUCAAUCCGAUCUCAAUGAGUUCCAUUCAAUGGUCUCCAAAACAAUUCAUCCGUUUCCAUGCUUUCUCGGCGAUUAUAAGGAAAAUGUUCUUCCCCAUGUGAAGAACGUACGCAAGCGCCACUACAGUUUCAUACAGAUACUCAUCGCAUAGCAAAACAUGAGAAAGAUUCGUUGGAGGGAGUAUUGCAUUGAGAGCUUCAGAGUCGUAAGGGGAAAAUGAAGACCUUCCCUGUCACACUAGCGAUCACACCCUUCUCUCGUCUUAUCAUUCUGCCACCACGAGUAUCAUAUGUUGAUUAAAUUCCUGUCCAAUUCCACCCCACAUCAUGCACCUACUGCACACCGCACACAUCCUGCCACCUACCACCUAAUUUCCCCUUUUUCCACUACUUUUUUCGUAAGAAAGAAACGAACAUCAACCAGUGCUACUAAAAAAAUGCAAAUAUUAUAUUUUUAUCGUUUUCAUUCAAUUGAAAGGCCGGCUCCUGGUCCAUCCAACAUCAACCCUCCCUGGAAAAUGUCCUGCACGAACCGCUCGAGUGCGAUGGCGGAGAAAUUCGAUUACCUAUACAUGCGCACGUGGGUCGCGUGUGCUGUACGCCAUUGCAUUUUUGCGUAAGCGCAAACGAGAGCUCGACAGCAUCCGCGUGCGUUCCGAUUGGAAAACGGGGAGGAAGAUCUCAUCUACGGCCGCUUUUGCGUUAGAUGACUGUGUAGGAAAGAAUAGGCAGGCUAGUGCGAUGUGCGCGAGUGGGACAAAUUGGAUAACGACCGUAAUAGAACGCGGACCGGGGUGUUGAUAUCAAUCGUGCACCACCCAAAAGCGACAACCCUCGAAUAGUACUCGCUCAGUGUGCGUUUGCAAGCUGUACGUGCAAGAAAUCGGUGACAUUCGUGGAACAUGCAUGUGAAGAAGUCCUGCUAGACCUCCGCAAACUGUCAGUCGUUCGAUGUCAGUCGCGUAAGUGACGCGUGCGGGACAAUAAAUUUCUGGCGCUUCCUUGCCCAAGCGAACACAACAGUUUCGAUUGGACAGCCCAAUCGAGUUGGCGCAAAUCAAAGGAAAUAACGAAUUUUCCACAGUACAUUGUGCGGUUGUUGUUCGAACUUGUGAUUCGGUGUGAAGUAAUUUAAAUCGUGAUAUGAGAAAGAAGUGUUGUACAGUGAAUCGGAACACAAUAAAAUAAAUAAUUAUUGAAUAAGAGCGUUUUUAUCAUUCACGGCGUUGUUUAUACUGUAAACCAAAGCUAUCAAGUAAAUUUCAGGAUUGAAAAAAUACCGUCGGGAAAAGUGAUAGCGUGUAUUAAUAUAAACAGUUCUAAAGUCAGUUCUAAACAGUUAGUCUGGUGAUUGGUGAAAAAUUUAUUGAGAUUAAAACUGAAAUCAGAAAUCAUUUAAACCUUAUAUAAUUACAUAAAACCAAAUAGUUUUGUGUGUAAGUGCGAUAAAGGGUGUGUAGGAAUAUUUUACUGAUAAAAAGGUACACAUCAGUUUGAAAGAAGUUUCAAACAAAACGAUACCUGGCACAGCAGGUAUACUUUUAUCGAUUGCGUUCUGCCCGUUGCGGUUGCAGUUUUCCAGGUGGACCAGUUAGCGGGGUCUUGGACCUCGUUUAAAAGAGUCAAGAUUUUCACGGACGGGAAUAAGCUCGGCUCCGCAACGGCGGGAAGAGGAAUGUUUUGUUACCACUGCCCACCGUCACUUCAUCCAGCUGGACCACAUCCACCUCGGUUACCGACCCUAGAGUAUCCUUUCGCGCCAACACAUCCGUAUACCAGCUAUUCGUACCAUCCGGCCAUCCAUGAUGAAAGUUUCGUCCGACGGAAGCAGCGGCGCAAUCGUACCACAUUUACACUCCAGCAGCUAGAAGAGUUGGAAACAGCGUUUGCUCAAACUCACUACCCAGAUGUGUUCACGAGAGAGGAUCUUGCAAUGAAGAUCAAUCUUACCGAAGCAAGAGUACAGGUCUGGUUCCAGAACCGGCGGGCCAAAUGGCGCAAAGCGGAACGGUUGAAGGAGGAACAGCGCAAACGGGGUGGUAGCGGUGGGACCGAUGGGACCGACUCACAGCUGAUGGGUGAUAAGCUCGAUACGGACAGCCGAGACUCCAGUCCCGAUAUUACUGGCGAUGCGGACGAUGAUGAUAUGCGCAGCUCCAGUGUACCCCCGAUGAGUCCCCGGGUUGAUUCCGAAUCGGAGCGACCCGGAUCAUCGACACAGCUCAACUCGGCCCACUCAUUGUCUCAAUCCGCUUCCAACAGUGCCGGAACGCCGUCACCAGGGUUGAAGUUUGCUCAAUAUUCCGUGCCAAGCCCAGCACCUUCUGCCUCGGCUGACUCACCGAUCGAGGUUGGUGGUCCAAUAUCUCUCACGACAACUUCCCGCACCUCACCGAAUGAUUCGCCUAAUCAGACCGCCAACUCGAUUGGUGGACUUUCCACUGUAACCACAACACCCAGCUUCAGCAGUCACAUCUUCGGAAGCUUUGCCGAAACGAUUGGCAGUGCUUCAAUGUUUCGCAAUGGAGGUUUUCGACCGGUACUGGAUAAUGGACAGCCAAGGACUACGCCUCCGUUGUUCUUGCCGCCACAUCUAGCGUCACUUAGUUCCCAGUUCACACCACCGUUGUUUCCCAGCUUGAAAGCUGCAUUCCCUGGGCUAUGUUCUUGCUGUCCGGUAAAAGCUCCCACAACGACCGGCUCAUCCUCAUCACCCACGUGCAGUUCUUCUUCCCCACCCUCCACCAGCUCCCUUACCGGCUCGGUAGUUGGAUCAUCAGCUUCAGGACUCUCAUCAAUCACCAAUUCGGUUGUAAACAGUGGACUACCGGAUCCUCGAUCGUCCUCCGUCGCUGAGCUACGUCGCAAGGCACAGGAACAUUCAGCCGCCCUGCUACAUUCAUUGCAAGCAGCCGCUGCUGCCGGACUCGCCUUUCCUGGGUUCCAUUUGCCACCGCUCACGCUACACUCAGCGCUCAGCAGUGCAGGACGAAAGCCGUCUGACUUCAUCAACGAUCUUUCGAUGCAUCAUCACCAUCACCACCACCAUUUGGCGGCAGCAGCAGCGGCGUCGGCUGGUGCGCAUCAUCUAGCCGGAGCAGGUCAUCUGGCAAGCAUGCAUCACAUUCCAAACAAUAAUAACAAUAGUAACAAUACAACCAACAACAAUAACACGCCAGGUAGCAAUAGCGGAAGUCCAUCGGAAAACAGAACCAUCGUGUCACAUGCAGACUCACCCCGAUCCCCAAGAUCACUCGCCAGCUCUGGUAACGAAAAGCUUGACUCUAACGAAUAAAGGAGUUUGCAUUCUACAAUAUGAACAUUAAAUUCCACAAUAACUCACGAGGAAAUAUUCAUAACAUAACCCUGACUAACAGGUGAACUGAAUCUAAAAUAAUACUCGAUUCUAAAACGUUCAUCUAUUGCUUAGUUAAGUGAAAGCAUUUCGCUUUACAGAUUUGACACCGAUUAUCGGCAAGAUUGAAUUCUUCGAAUUCUGCAAUAAAAAGCAUUGUUCAAAAGACAAAUAAGGUACGUUAAAGGAAUAAAUUUAAAUGUUAGUAAAAACAACAAAAAAUAAGAAAAUAGCACUGUCUGAGGUAGAACUUUGAUAAAUUGUACAUUGUAAAAUAAACAUUUCUUUUAACACGUAACUUCAAAUACCAUUUUGGAAAAUAAAACAUGGCUUAGAACAACGCGGGAAGUUCCAUCAAAGGGCAAGCAAAGAACAAUGAACAUCUACAUGUAGAUUAUAAUAACAUACUAAAUGCACACGUUUAAUGCUAGUGAUUAAAUAAGAAUCAAAAUGCCAACACACGCACACCUUUGUACAAAAAAAGAUUCUGCGCAGUAUUCAUUAGCAAUAACUAAACGUUUGAUAUACCACAUAAAAGAGAGGAAGAAAAAAAACAGACAGAUUUCACCAUAUUUCUUUCAGUGCCGUCUCUUUAGGCUGAACAUAUAAAGACACAUACUUGUAUUACUCUAUAAACACAUGCAACUAACAAGAAAAAAUUCCAUGUAAACCCGUCGAUUAAAUAGAAGCAUCGUAGAUAAUUAUUACAGAAAUAAGCAUGCGGAAAACAAAUAGUUCGAAAUGUGCCAGCAAUAUUAUUAUGUAUUAUGAAGCUAGAAACAAACAAAAAUGCACACCCAUAGGAAUCGUAAGGAUAUAUUUUCCCCCAGUGCAACAAAUAAAGUUCAAUAGAUUAGAGGGCAACACCAGCAAACAAAAGCGUACAGUUACAUGCAUACUUUUAAACAUGUAUAUUAAUGAAUAUUAUAAAAGUACGGUAGAGGUCGCUGUAAAUCGAUAGAAUACAUUUCGUUUUUCUAGUUCAUCAUGAACAUGAAAUAAACAAUAAAAUGCAAUUAAAAUGUUCUUAAACCGU